GAGUUACUAUUGCCUUCCUCGUUUCGGAGUAUAUUUUCUUCGUCAUUCAAUAAACGGAAAAUCAAUAUCAAAAUCGGUUCUUUGCAAGCAAAUUGAACUGGUUGGGGCUUUAAUUUCAAGUGAAAAAACAUAUGGGGGUAACUCUAAAGUUGAAUUUUUCAUUAACCCUUACUCUGUUUUUUUUCUUUGUUGGAUUAUGCAAAGUGUUUAAGUUGAUAACUGAUUAUGCAUUAUAGAAACACAAAAGUUCCUUCCUUAUCAUUCUCUUGAAAUGAGGCUAACCUUAAGCAGUGUAUACCGUCCCUAUAGCUUCCCCACACUCCUCAAAUCCUCUUCUUUCAGCACUCUGUGUAGACCCUUUUGUUCUUCAGCACUAUCAUCUUCCCCCACUUGUGUGAAGCCCCAAGUUCCCCUCUUUCUGAGGCAACCCAUUUACUCCACCAAGUUGUGUGAGCUCAAAAAAUGGCAUGAUUGGGCUAAAGGUGUUGCCUUUUCAAUUGGGUCAACUUUUGUGGACUCAGAUAAUGGGCCAGACUCAAGUCUACUGUGCAGGGAGCUCAAGUGGCUCAUGGAGGAUGCUGUUGAAGACCACUCAAUGAUUGUGAAGGAUGAUGAUAGUGAUGAGAGGGUGAAAAUGAGGGUUGGAAUAGAGGAGCUUUACUGUUUGUGGAAGCAAAGGGUCCAAGAGAGGAGACCCUUUCAGUAUGUGGUUGGGUGUGAGCAUUGGAGGGACUUGGUGUUGAGUGUCCAGGAAGGGGUCUUGAUUCCAAGGCCUGAGACUGAACUUCUUGUUGAUUUUGUGGAUGAUGUGGUGUCAGAGAAUGAGGAUUUGAAAAGGGGUGUUUGGGCUGAUUUGGGGACUGGAAGUGGUGCUCUUGCUAUUGGUAUUGGUGGGGUUUUGGGGAGUGAAGGGAGGGUUAUUGCCACAGAUUUAAGCCCUGUGGCUGUUGCUGUUGCAGCUUACAAUGUGCAGAGGUAUUGCUUCCAGGACAAAAUUGAAUUAAGGGAAGGAUCUUGGUUUGAACCAUUGAAAGAUAUGGAAGGAAAGCUAGCGGGUCUUGUAAGUAACCCACCUUACAUACCAAGUAAAGACAUCUCUGGUCUACAAGCUGAAGUUGGUAGGCAUGAACCUAGAGUUGCAUUAGAUGGAGGUACUGAUGGCAUGGAUGCUCUUCUCCAUCUUUGUGAUGGGGCUGCUUUAAUGUUGAAACCUGCUGGAUUUUUUGCUUUUGAGACAAAUGGAGAGCAGCAGUGCAGGGCUCUUGUUGAUUACAUGGAAAAUUAUAGAAAUGGAAGCUUCUGCAAUUUAGAAAUACGUUCUGAUUUUGCUGGUAUUCAAAGAUUUGUAAUUGGUUUCCAUCAAUAAGCAAUUUGAGUUACAGAUACAAGUUUAUUUUAUUUAUUCUUUUGGGUGAAUAAUUCUCCCAUUGUUCUACUUGAAAUUGGAGCAGAGACCCAGCAAAAUGCAUUAAAAGGUAACAACGGUCAAUUGAUUCAUUUGCUUUGUCAGUGUAA